AGGCAAGACGAACAACGACCUGGGCGGAGUGAUUUAGUGAGGACUACACCCAAGCGUUUGUCCCAUUGCAGCGGCUUCUUUUCGUUGCCUAGACCAGAAGAAAGCCGGGACGUGACGGAGCUGGGGGGAUUUUUUUUUUCUUGCUUGUUGGAGGCCCGUUAAAUACAGCUUCCUCGCAGUUUCUUCGUCGCUCAACAGACGGUUGUGACCUAACUUGACCCAGCUUAUUCUUUUCAUCUUAGAACUAAUUUUACAAAUAUGUCCUGGCAAAGCUACGUGGACAACCUGAUGGCUGAUGGCAGCUGCCAGGACGCGGCCAUUGUUGGCUACACGGACGCCAAAUACGUCUGGGCAUCGUUUGUCGGCGGUAUAUUUGCCAAUAUAACGCCUGAAGAAAUCGACGUUUUAGUAGGAAAGGACCGGGAGGGGUUCUUUACCGGCGGGCUGACCUUAGGCGAUAAAAAGUGCUCUGUAAUCAGAGACAGCCUCCAAAUUGACGGUGACUGGACAAUGGACAUCCGGACAAAGAGUCAAGGAGGAGAGCCAACAUACAAUGUCUCUGUAGGCAGAGCCGGCAAAGCAUUGGUUAUUGUCAUGGGAAAGGAAGGUAUCCAUGGAGGGCAGCUCAACAAGAAAGCAUUUCAGAUGUCUGAUUACCUGAGGAAGUCUGGAUACUAAAGCAACCUGUACCCAGCCACCUAGCAGCUCACCCUACCACCCUGAUGCAUUUCACACUACUUCAGUCCUAGAUGCUACUAGUAGUUUCUUUUUGUCUUCUCUCCUCCUCCAUUUAUCCUUUUUUCCCCUAACCCAUCCUCCUUUUUUUCCCUCUCAGCACACUUGAGCUAUGUACUCUUUACCACCUUAAGCACUAUGUUGAUCCAUAGCAAAGAUGAGCAUGUUGCUAACAGGAGGUCAUGUCAAAUCUGUACUUAGACCAGCAAAAACAAUUCUGGCCAAACACUUGGACAAUGAAAGCCACAGUGUCAGUUUGAAGUAGCUGUCUCUUUCUCCUGUCAUGGUGCCCAUUACUUUAUCCCUUCCAAACCCACUCAUACACACUCCCACCCUGAGCAGCCGAUGCCUUUUGGAGCACCUGAGCACUAACCAAGCUCGUCAUGUCUUCCUCUUUUGUUUCCCUCAUGUCUGGGAGGGGAGACUGCAUGUAUAUCUCAGUCCACGGUCACUUCCUCUCACACCCACCCAUACUGUCCCCUUCCCAUGCUCUCUCCUGCCAAAAUUUGCUGUUUCCUUUCUUCAUCCUGUUUGCUCAAAAGGAGGCGAUGCUAUAAACAUCACAGGGAUGCUCAUUUUCAAACGCUACAACCACCCAACCAGUCCUCUUAACUAUUCUCUCCCUUCAGAUUCACCACCCUCUCCUGAAUACAUGUUGUGAAAAGGGAGGGGGUAACCUGUGUGCUAGGGUUCAGUUAAGGAUCAUAAACUGGCUUUGUGAGUGGUUUUGUCCAGAUGCUAGUAGCCUAUUCUCCUGUCAACCUCCUGACUACAUGAGCACCCUUGGACAUUCCACAGUAACAAUGGCUCAGGCACUUAACACGGUUUUGUUUGCCAGCUCCUGUAAUGUGUGUUUUUUUUUAUAAAGGCUGCCAUUUUUUGACAUAUCCAAUAAAUUUUUUUUUUUUUUUUUUUUUUUUAUUAAUAGGACCAAGUGUAGUCGAAGCUCGGGUGUUUAUACAGAUGCUCUAAAUCAUGUGAAGGAUGACUGCUAACUUUUGAUAAAGGAAACACUUAAUCAGACAGUAAUACUGUGGUUAAACAUGACGCUAAAGGGGAGGUAAGAGUGUGAGUAUCAUUACAUUGUAUCGUUUUCUCAGUUUAGAAUACAAACUACAUUUGUACAAACCCAUGCUGUGUUGACAACUACAAAACUGUGGAAUAAAUUGCCUUCUGUUCUAGUCAACCGAGCUCUGGGGUAUCACACGUUCUGUCCAUGCUCAGUACUGCUGACUGUAAUGUCCAACUUUAAAAUAAAAAGGGGUGGGGGGGGACUUUCAAAAGUAGAAAUAAUGGGAGUUGGGAUUGGUUGGAACAAAGAUGCUUCUGGGUGUCUUGUUGAAACUUCACUACAGAACUUGUGUAUCCUGUGCCAUAAUGUAGAGAUCUGUUGCUACUGUAAGAUGGAUUUUACCCACUGUCCACUUAAGUCGUUUCAUUGGCACUUUUGUUUUAGUUUUAGCUCCACUGUUUAGGCCUUGUGGGAGAUGUGUACUCUCACAGACACAGAAACCCAUUUCAAGUCCUGUUUGCUGCAUUUGUUCAUUUCCUUUCUUUGCCACUUUUUUUUUUUCUCUAUAUCUGGGAUACAGUUAUCUUUAAGGCAUCAGAUUUCACAUGCAUAAACCAAGAAAUGCCAUAAAUUGAUUUAUCACCUUGUUUACAGACAGAUCAAAUAAAUUUAUUCCAACCAAA